AUGGCAAUGUCCAAAGGGUCCCAUGUCCAAAGGGUUCCAACUGUAAGUUUGAAUUCAAUAUUGAGACCAUGGCCUUUUAGGGGUUGGGCAAUGGAUUUGAUAGGCCACAUUUUCCCACCUUCUUUGAAGGCACAUUCAUAUUUGUUGGUGGUGGAAGCAAUUCCAUCAAAAGUUUUCACACAGACUCAAGUUAUUGAGUUCCUUAAAAAGAAUGUGAUCCAUAGGUUUUGUUUGUCAUAUUCCAUUAUUGUCGAUCAAGGGACUAUGUUCAAUGGGGAUGAAAUAAGAGGGUUUGCCAUAGAGCAUGGCAUUCAAAUAUUAAAUUCUUCUCCCUAUUAUGCCCAAGCAAAUGGGCAAGCUGAGGCAACAAACAAAAUUAUAAAGAAUACUUUAAAGAGAGUGAUUGAAGACAAUCCAAGGGAUUGGCACAAUUUGCUAUCUGAAGUGUUAUGGGCUUAUAGAAACUCUAGGAGAAAUAGUACAGGGACAACUCUAUAUGAGUUGGUGUACGGACAUGAUGUUGUACUCCCCUUACAAAUCAUUGUAAGAUCCAAUCGACUCGCUCAACAGUUGGACACCCUAAUGGAUGAAUAA